CAGUGAACAACAUCACCACCAGAGCGGUGGCACACUCUGGGGCAAAGCUUUUCCAAGCUGUUCGUGCAGGUCGAUUCAGCAGGCUGACAGGCUCGGCGUGACCUCGUUCCGUGUGCAAGUGAAGUGCAGCCAAAUUUAGCAGCCUUCCGGUGAAUGUUUUGUGUGAAUCAAAGUGAAAGUGUGCAAAGUUAUCGAUUGAAGGAGCAGCGGGAAGUCGAUUGUUGCCUGAAGUCGCGUUCCUGCUUGGUCCAAGCCCCCAGUUCAGUGUUGUAUUCGUGUUGAGCACGGUUCAGCGCUUCAACAGAGGGUACUGCCACUUGCGCCCUGCAACCACUCCUUGCGCCACCGAACGGACGUCGUCGUCGCAUCUGUCACUUCACACCACUUUGCUGCCUGCUGGCUGUUUGUUAACUCCGCAACUACGCUUUCCGAAGGAAUUUUUCGUCAGCCCCAGGAAGCAAGGAAAAGAUGGCCGGCGGUGGCGAUCCAAAGUGGCAGAAAGAUGCAUCCGACCAAAACUUUGACUACAUGUUCAAGCUGCUCAUCAUCGGCAACUCCAGCGUUGGGAAAACGAGCUUCCUGUUUCGCUACGCCGACGACUCGUUCACGUCCGCGUUCGUCUCCACGGUGGGCAUCGACUUUAAGGUGAAAACAGUGUUCCGUCACGACAAGCGCGUCAAACUACAGAUUUGGGACACUGCCGGCCAGGAAAGAUACCGAACCAUCACAACGGCGUACUAUCGGGGAGCAAUGGGUUUCAUUUUGAUGUACGACAUUACCAACGAGGAAAGCUUCAACUCCGUGCAGGACUGGGUUACGCAAAUCAAAACCUACUCCUGGGAUAACGCACAAGUUAUACUGGUUGGCAACAAGUGUGACAUGGAGAGCGAACGAGUGAUCUCCUUCGAGCGUGGCAAGCAGCUAGCCGACCAGCUUGGGGUAGAGUUCUUCGAAACAUCCGCGAAGGAGAAUGUAAACGUAAAGAACGUGUUCGAGAGAUUAGUAGAUAUCAUCUGCGAUAAGAUGUCGGAAAGCUUAGACUCCGAUCCAACACUCGUCGCUGGCGGCCAGAAGGGUCAGCGGUUGACCGAUCAGCCCGGACAGGGCCCUCCAACGGCGAACUGUAACUGCUAAAAGUUGCAAACGGAAACAUCCUCUAUGGGAUCGCCGAUUUGGCUGGUUCGUGGCUGAUUUGUGCGCGGCCGAAGGCACCACAUACGCAAACAGAAACAGUAAACAAAGCAAAACAUAACAAGUAAACGCCCACAUUAGCACUCGUUAUUGUCUCGUAAAGUCAAAAUUAAAACCACACAGAACAAUACCAGAACAAACAAUCCACAAAAGGGUCCGAAAGCAAGGGACCGAAAACCAGACGCUGACAAAUGAAAUGAACACUUAACACUUUUGAAUCACACGCCGAAAACGGUUGCAAGCCCCGGCAUGGUCCAGGAUGGAAACGGCAAACCGACACCGGAUUCGAUUUGAUCGCUAAUGGAGCUGUACGAGGGACUAUGUAAAAUUUGUGAAACGAACAGCCCGAAAUGCCAAUUGUAACGCAGGCAAAGCAUGGACGUUUGUAAAGUAUCGAAAACUGAGCAAAAGAAAUGAAUUUAAACUAGCGCGAAAGGGAAAAACAAACCAAAGUGCGGAUGAUCGGCUAACAAGGGCAAAUGAAAAAGAACGCAAAAAAAACUACAAUACACAAAUUGAUCGAUUAUUAGAAAUUAUUCCGUAAAUUAACUAAAGUAUAACUUCAGUAAGAGCAGAAAUAUUCAUAUCGCAUCAAAUCGCAAACAAACAAACUAAUAUAUUGAUCGUCAUUAUGUGUAGGCAUGAGUUGUUGAUUUAAGGUAGGAGGGCAAGUGAAGAAGAGGGACUUAGCGCUACGAAUGUUUAUAUAGAAACCACAUUGUGUCACGUUUCCGAACCAUUUCGGUUGUAAAGCCGAUUGGUGACAAUCGUCGCCAUCGUCUUCGAUCCUUGGCUGCGCAUAUGUUGAGUCUAGUUUCGUAUGAGGAGUCCGUCAACACGUGAGGGCAUUGGUCAGGAAGUUUGAAGUUUGAUAACAAACCCGACACGAACACGUUGGUCCGGUUUGUGCCAUUUUCAAUUCGGUUCCAUUCGCUUCGGUUUCGUCACGCAUUCGACGCAGAUGACCAGUAUGAACCAACCUUUCCACAUUGGUUGCCUGGUGGACCUUCGAUGGACUGUAAUAUUAACGUACGGCAACAUACACGCAAGCGCACCAAGAGAUGAGCGAGUUUUGAUUGUGUAGAAUCGUUGUUUUAGCGAGUAGCGACAAUAAGCAUAAAUGGAAUAAACGAUCGAGAUAGUCAAAAUGGCACGAACAUAAACGAGGGCAUAGAACGUGCGUUACGUAGGCGAUCAUUGGAAAUUCAGUUUGAUUUUCGUUUCAGUAGUAGUACGUAACUAUUAUUUUCUUAACAUUCUACAUUCCUCAAGCGUAAUGAAGACAGUAUUACAAUGUUUACAGCAUUAUCGAAACGAACAAAAACUACCACCCGGUUUCAGUUUAUGUUUGAGCAGACCAGACCAUUAUUCCAUCGGAGUGUACGAUAGUUUCGGCCAUUUGGUUCCCGUACUCUUCUUUACGGCUAGCUUCACCAAUAGACCGACGUUGUUAGAGUCGUGCUGUUGCCGACAACCGAUCCGACGGUUGUCCCACAAACGAUUCAUAGAAAUCAGUCAAUUGAACAACCACGAUUUGAAGCGAUCGAUCUACGUCUCUCGAAGAGAACUUUACUACAGCAGCCAUUUUGUUUCCGUUCGGUACAGGGUACUUUCGAUAUCGGCCGCUUGUUACAGGAAGCGCAGGAAGCAGAUUAGGGUAGCAAACGGUGAGCUAAACUUAUGCCAACAGUUAUGAGGAACCGUCAUGUAUAAUCACGCAGGAAUGCAUCAAUGUUACACGGCAAUCAUCGUAUAUGUAUGUGAAUGGGCUCAUAUGUCUCGAAUCGGAUUCUACUCGUACGGUGAACAACCAAGUUUUGCAUCUACAUGUGCCUACACUACCAGCAGCUGCUCAGCGUAUGGCGUGAAUGUUCUGAAGAAUUUUUGCUGUCUUAAAGGUUCAUGAAACUUCGAUUCAUUAGGAGUUUCGACUCAAACGGGACACCAGCGUUUGGCGUGAGGUGGUGUGUUUACCAGCUGACGGUACACCUAGCAUAAACAACGAUAACUGUCCUUGUAAAGCAUUGUUUAAAACCUUCAAAGCUGAUUUUCGACCACUAAAUGAUGCCAUUUCUUAAAUCUAGCAGAUGAAGAAGUCUUAUGAAAGCGUUUUGUCGUGUUCACAAAGUCUAGUUCCAAACCUGCUUCGAGAGAAACAUUUAUUAGCAAAAUAAUCACAAAACCCCAUAGGCAGUCUGCUGCACGAACCGACACUGACUGUCCACGUAUAGGACCGGUGCAAGCUGCAAGACGAAAAUUGAAGCCCCAUUUGCUCAUGCGACUAUCACAACCAUUGAUUUGGUUUCCGUUUUUCAGGCCGCGUAAGCAAAAUCAUUUACUCCGAAGGAACCUUAUUUGUGUUUGCACAUAAAUGCCGCCUCAGUCAAGCUAUCUAAUGUUAAAAGAAUGCACACUUUAUUGAACUUCUUACACAGAACGAGGUCUGUAUACAUUGUGAGAUGACAAGUUCAGCAGCAACAGAUUUCCUCAACAGCAGUAAAAUAUAAACCAAUCGUACACGAAACGAAACGAACUGUAUCGACAAGAAACUACAAUACGAACAAAUCCCAUACCGUUGCACUCUGGUAAACAAAACCACACACAAUGGUUAAAGUCGGUAUGGAAAACGAAACCGUUUCUAAUUCAGCCAACCAGAGCGCAAAGGCAAACUAAAUUAUUGGUCAUCAUAAUUGUUGUAAUAAUUAAUUAAAGUAUAUAAAUAUAUAUACACAUAUAUAUUUAGCAAAAUAUAUAAGGGAAA